AUGGCUAAAUGCACCAAGAAGGCUGGGAUUGUGGGGAAAUAUGGGUCCCAUUACAGUGCCUCCCUCUGGAAAAUGGUGAAGAAAACUGAAAUCAGUGGGCACACCAAACACACUUGCUCCUUUUGUGGCAAGACCAAGAUGAAGAGAUGUGCCGUUGGCAUCUGGAACUGUGGUUCCUGCAUGAAAACAGUAGUUGGUGGAGCCUGGACCUCCAACACCACUUCUGCCCUCACAGUGAAGUCUGCCCUCAGAAGACUGAGGCGCUGA